CACUGCUAAGGAUGUCUGGGAGGCGGUUAGAGAAAGUUAUUUUGAUGUAGAAAAUGCCUUUCAGAUUUUUGAAUUAAAAAUUAAACUGUGGAAAGUGAGACAGGGAGAGAGCGGUGUUACUCUUUUCUAUAAUGAGACGGUUUCCUAGUGGCAAGAACUAGAUCAGUGCUAUAAUGAUGAAUGAGAAUGUUCGAAGUAUAGCGUAAAAACAAUAAAAAAGGAAUAAAGUGAAACGGUAUAUCCAUUUUUAGCAGGGUUGAAUCAAGAUUUUGACGAACUUCGUUCACGACUUCUUGAAAAAAAUCCGCUGCCCACUUUGAGGGAAACAUUUUUUGAAAUUAGGCGUGAAGAAACAAGGAGGAAUGUUGUGCUAAAAAAAAUUUCAAUCUAGAAUCAAAAAAUAUAGUCAUCUGCUUUAGUUGCUGCGAAAGAUGAGAAUGAUAAGAAAAAAAGCUAUGGUGUGAUUUUUGCAAAAAAUACUAGCACACUCGUGAGACUUGCUGGAAGAUCCAUGGAAAACCGCCCAUCUGGAACAAAAAAAGGGCAGAAAACCAUGGCAAUCAAGCAUUUCAGUGUACCAGCGAAGAACUGGGGUUGAAAUCUUCUUCAUAAAUGCCACCAUUCACCAAGAAACAGCUAGAGCUACUGCACAAACUUCUUCAAUCUCAACUCCAAUCCAGUAAACCUAGUCCUUCUACUCCCAUUUGUUCUUUUACCCAAACAGGUAAUGUGCCAUGUGUUUCUUUGAGUAUAGAUUCUACUAGUAUAAGCUCUUGGAUCAUAGAUUCAGGGGCUAGUGAUCACAUGACAUGGAACUCCCAUUUUUUCUCGACUUAUAUACUCCUUUAGCAGGAAAUAAAAAAGUCAAAGUUACUGAUGGUUUCUUCUCAACAAUUGCUGGGAAAGGGAUAGUCAAGCUAACCCCUUUCAUGACUCUUUUUGAUGUCCUUCAUGUUCCAAAAUUGUCUCAUUAUCUUUUGUCCAUCAGCAAGUUGACUCAAAACCUUAAUUGUCGUGCUAUCUUUGACGAUAUUUCAUGUGUAUUUUAGGAUAAGGUCUCGGGGAGGAUGAUUGGCAAUGCUAGAGAGUCUGAAGGUCUCUAUUUUCUUAAAGAUGGUGGCAAUUGAGUAAAUUUUAGUAACUCUAUUCUAGUUGAUAAUAAAGUCAUGUUAUGACACUAUCGCCUUGGUCAUCCUAGUUUUCAUUAUUUGAACCUCUUAUUACCACAAUUAUUUAUGAAAAAAACUACAUCCUUUUUUCAAUGUGAAUUUUGAAAUGGCUAAACACAACCGUUCAUUUUUUUCAUCCCAAAGUUGCCAUGCCACAAAACCCUUUAAGUUAAUCCAUAGUGAUAUUUGGGGACCUUCUAGGAUAGCAACCGCAAAUGGAAAAAAGUGGGUUGCAUGUUUCAUAGGUGAUCACACUAGACUAACUUGGGUGUACCUAUUGAAAGACAAGGGGGAAGUAAAACAUAUAUUUGAGGCUUUUUAUGUUAUGGUUGAGACAAAAUUUCAUGAGAAGAUUCAAAUAUUUCUGAGUGAUAAUGGGAGAGAGAUUUUUAAUGACCACCUAAGCAAUUUUUUACUUCUAAGGGAAUAGUGCACCAAAGUUCAUGUCCGGAUACACCCCAACAAAAUGGAUUAGCGGAGAGAAAAAAUAGGCACCUUAUGGAAGUAACUAGAGCCUUAAUGUUCACAAGUGGAGUCCCUAAAUUUCUUUGGGAGAAGCUUUUCUGACAUCCACCUAUCUUAUUAAUAGGAUGCCUUCCCGUGCUCUAAGUUUUAAAACCCCUUUCCAUAUGUUCAAGACAUACUUCCCUACUUUUAGAUUGACGACUGAUCUGUCUUUGAGAGUUUUUGGGUGUAGUGUAAUUGUUCAUUUUCAUGAUCAUAAUAGGAGUAAACUUGAUCCACGUGCAAAAAAUGUGUUUUUGUUGGCUAUGCCCCUAGUCAAAAGGGUUACAAAUGUUAUGACCCAAUUACUAGAAAGGUUAUUGUCACAAUGGAUGUCACCUUUUUUGAAUCACAACUGUUUUUUGAAGCUCAUCUUUAGGGGGAGAAACAUAGUGAAGAUUCGAUGGAUGAUAACGAUCUUAUUGACCUCGACCUCACAUGUGAGGAAUGAAAGGAUCCAAGUUUUAUGAUAGAUACAGGAAAUAGUUUUUUUAGUAAUAAUAACCUAGAUAAGGUAAGAGAUCCUAACUUAAAUAAUGAAAAUAAGGAUACUGAGGCAAUAGAGCAUUUUCAUGAUACAAUUAAUGACAAAAACAGGGAACAAACAAAGGAAUUACAAGUUUACAUGAGAAGAAACCGGAAUUAAGAAAAAGAUAUCAAGGACUCUCAUUAGAACCAAAUGUCCGCCCCGCAAGAUCUUACUGAUACACAAGGUAAUGCUCCAGAACCUAACUCUGAUUUACCUCUUGUUAGUUUAGACCUUGAUCUUCCAAUUGCCAAAUGUAAAGGGGUAAGAAAAGUCACCAACUAUCCCAUGUCAAAUUUUGUGUCAUAUGGAAACUUAUCCCCUUCCUAUAUAACUUUUCUUUCUCAAUUAUUUGGAAUGGAGAUACCGAGAAAUGUGCAGGAUGCUUUGAACGUUCCCGAGUGGAUGGAGGCAAUUUUUGAGGAGAUGAACGCUCUGGAGAGAAAUGAAACCAGGAAAAUGGUGGAACUACCUCGUGGAAAGAAACCAGUGGGCUGCAAGUGGAUGUUCACCAUCAAAUUUAAAUCAGAUGGGUCCCUAGAGAGGUAUAAGGUGCGUUUGGUAGCAAAAAGAUUCACUCAGACUUACGAGAUUGACUAUCUUGAGACAUUUGCUCCAGUUGCCAAAUUGAAUUCAAUAAGGAUUCUUCUGACCAUUGCAACCAACCUUGAUUGGCCCCUCCGACAACUAGACGUGAAGAAUGCAUUCUUGAAUGGAAAACUCGACGAAGAAGUCUACAUGGACCCUCCUCCCGGUUUUGAAGAAAGGUAUAAAACUAGAGUGUGCAAGCUAAAGAAAUCUCUCUACGGGCUCAAAACAAUAUCCAAGAGCUUGGUUUGAGAGGUUUACUCAGUUUGUGAAAAAACAAGGGUACACUUAAGGGCAAGCAGAUCAUACCAUGUUUAUUCGAUAUUCUCUUGAGGGAACGACAACUAUUCUGAUAGUGUAUGUUGAUGAUAUUAUACUUACAGGAGAUGACUUGUCCAAAAUGGAGAAUUUAAAGAAACAGUUGGACUCGGAGUUUGAGAUUAAAGAUCUGGGCUAGUUGAAAUAUUUUCUUGGCAUGGAAGUAGCGAGAUCAAAAGAAGGCAUUAUGGUUUCACAAAGGAAAUAUGUACUAGAUCUUCUAAGAGAUGGGAAUGAGUGGUUGUUGUCCAGCUGAAACACCUAUUGAUUUGAAUAUAAAAUUCGAAAAUAAAGAAGGAAAUUCAGUUGACCACACUCAAUAUCAAAGACUACUGGGGAAGUUGAUCUACUUGUCACAUACUUGACCUGAUAUAGCUUUUUCUGUAAGCUUAGUCAGUCAGUUUAUGCACUCUCCAAAGGAAGAGCACCAAGAAGCGGUUUAUAGGAUCCUAAGAUAUCUUAAAAGUUCUUUGGGAAAGGAUUGUUUUUCAGAAAAAGUCCACAUAGGGGCAUUGAAAGCUUUACAGAUGCAGACUGGGCAGGUUCUACUACUGACAGGAGGUCUACAUCUGGAUAUUGUACAUUUAUCUUGUACAUUUAUCUAGGGAAAUCUUGUGACAUGGAGGAGUAAAAAGCAGAAUGUUAUAGCCCGCAACAGUGCUGAAGCUGAAUACCGAUCUAUGGCCUAUGGGAUUUGUGAAAUGUUUGGCUCAAGGAAUGAUGAAAGAACUCAAAAAACCGUUUGGUUUACCAAUGAAGUUGUACUGUGACAAUAAAGCGGCCAUAAGUAUUGCUCACAAUCCAGUUCAACAUGAUAGGACAAAACAUGUUAAAGUGGAUAAGCACUUCAUAAAAGAGAAGAUUGAAGAAGGAAGUGUGUGUAUGCCUUUCGUCCCAACAAAUCAGCAAAUUGCAGAUAUUUUCACAAAAGGCUUGUUUAAAUAAAAAUUUGAAAUUCUUGUAAGCAAGUUAGGCAUGACAAAUAUUUACAUGCCAACUUGAGAGGGAGUGUUGAUUUGUGAAUAUUUGUGAUUUGAUUUUGUAGGAUCUUAAUUAAUCUGAUAAAAUCAUAUCUGAUUUGCUGUAGAUAGUUUAGGUAAUUAGAUCGAAAAGAUCACAUCUUGAUUGUCAUAUAUGCUAGAAUCAAGCGAUUUGAUUCUGUUAUGUUUGCUUUUCUGUACUAUAAAUUUGUAUCUCAGAUGAAUAAAAUGUACACUUUUGGUACUAAUUACAGUUGCUCAUUUUGUUUUUUGAAUCACUAAGCAUCCGUAUAUGUCUUCUUGUUAUUUAGUCUGCUUUGCGUACCAAUACAUGUAUAUGUACUGACGUCCCUACAUUUGGGGGUGCCACAUCUUUGUAUAUACAGGAUUAGGUACACCAGGUUGUAGACUUUUAUAUUAGGCACUCGUUUCAAUUCGACAGAGCAGUUGAAACUAGAACAGCAUGUGCAGACAUUAUCUCACGCACGAGAAGAAGACAAAAAUCUCACCCAGAAGCUGAAAAGCGAGCUGGAGAACUGUUCCCAAGAGAUAGAUUAUCUGCAGGAUCAGCUGAAUUUGAGGAAUGAAGAGAUGGAUUCUCUAAGUGAGUGUGUAUGCAGCCUUCAGUUGAAACUUGCGAACCUUGAAAAUAUGGAAGAAGAGGUUACAAGGUUAAGGGAAGAGUUGGAAAUGUCAAAUGCUGAACGCUUCUAUUUGUUGCAGCAGUUGGAAAACAAAGAGUUAGAGAUAGAGGGAUCAGCUUUGUGCAUAGAGAGACUAGAGGAGUCAAUAGCAUCUGUAGGUCUAGAGCAUCAAUUUGAAAUAGAGAGUAUGAAGCUUGAUUUGAUAGCUGUGGAGCAGAAUUAUUUCGAAGCUAAGAAAUCCCAGGAUGAAACAGCUCAAGAUAGUGCUAUGAUGAAUGAGCUUAUUCAUGACCUCGAACUUCGAAUCCAUGAUGCAGAAAAGGUUAUUGGAAGUUUAGAAAAGGAAAAUGAAAAUCUUAGGGAACAAGUCCAGGCAUCUGAAUUGAAUGCCAAAACAUUUUCUGAAAAAGUGGAGAAGCUAUUUCGUGGUUUGCUAGCGAACAAUGAUGACAGCUCCCCACGUAAAGAAGAUGACAGUGCUUCUGGCUGCUGUGGCGACAUUUUGGGUCCACUCCUUAUCAAACUGGCUACUGUAGGGCCAUCAGAUGUCGACUUAACUGACAAGAUGAGGGAAACGGCAGGUCAAAUAAAGAAUUAUGAAUCACUUGUAAAUCAGCUUAAGGAAGAGCUGAGAAUGGAAAAGCUAAAAGCCAAAGAAGAAGCAGAGGAUUUAGCUCAAGAAAUGGCUGAGCUGCGAUAUCAGUUGACUGAGUUGCUGGAAGAAGAACGCAAACAUCGCGCAUGUGUGGAACAAUUAUCUUUACAACGAAUAGCUGAGUUAGAAGCACAGGUUGAAAAAGAAAGGAUGAAAUCCUUCACCGAAGCAGAUAGUAAAUCUAUCACUGUUUUCGAACAUGUCAGUGAAGCAUAAAGAGAGGUCAGUUGUGGUAAUUUGGUGCAUGUCUGCUGGUGGAGCGUGUGUAAGAUCUGGUAUCUAUCUUGACUUGUAUUUCGUUCAAGGUGUUUCCUGAAAAUAAAUUAAUUUGAUUAAGAGAACGAACAGUGCAGCAACUGCCAAGGAAUUCUGGUCAAUAGUGUUGUAUUAUCACCUUAUCAAAUGGUGAUACGGUUAAAAAGUUCAGUUUGCUUCAUUGUUUUUGGAACGAGUUUACGUGCAUAAGAAUGAGCUUUCUAUUUCCAGAUAGAAGACUGCUAAUGCUUGAUGGAAUCAGUGUUGACUUUCAUGUGCUUGACAGCUUGUUCAGUGGCAGAGUCAUAAUUUUCAUUGAGGGGUUCAAACAUGAGCACACGAACUAGCCGAAGGGGUUCAACAUCUACUAUAUAUACAUAAAAAAUAAUUUUAACUGUGCAUUAAUAGCGUAGUUUUCAGCCGAAGGGGGUUCAUGGAUCCUCAUUGUAUGCCCCUGAACUUGUUGGUUCCAGAUAAACCGGGUUAUCUGGACUGCACAGUUUGGUUGGCUUGCACAUACCGGCCCAGGCUGUGCAGAUUUAUAUUUUUCUUGGUGAACCAUGUAAGUAUUCAUGGAAAUGUAAUUUACUUGAAAGGGUGCUGCUUGAAUUGUA